AUGGAGGCGGAAGCGGAACGCCGUCGCGCCCAGUCAUCGGCGGAGCCUGCGGAGCCGUCUGCAAGCGGCCUCGCGGAACUUUCGUCGGCAGUGGCGGCAGAGGGGGCGACAGGUGCCGGCGAUUUUGCAGGGGAAGAAGCUGCGACGGCGACGCCGCCUUUCACGGCGGCAGCCGCGGGAGGUGUGUCCGUAGAACGCGGCGAAGGCGGCAAGGGCGCAACCGACGGUGGGAUCUGGAUGCGCGAAUUCAGCGAAGAGGGUCCCGACGGGACGUUUCAUUUCCAAGUGGUGAAGCUGAUCCAGCAGGUGUACGUGUGGGUGGGACUCAACACCGCAUCCCAUGGCAACGUGUACACCGCAAUCCCCACCAGAUUCGACCCCAUGCCGCUCGUCACGCCUCUGAUUGGUGGAGGUGCGGAGGGUGCUUCUGCAACCAUGGCGGCCAGAUUAAGCAAGCGGUUGGGAUGUGCAGUUAUCUUGGCUUCCAACAUCCCACCCAAUGCACCCAUGACAGAGGCAACAGCAGAGCGAUUGCUGAUUAAACGUCUUCCAAUGCUCCUAUCUGAGCAAAGCAACACCUGA